GAUGGAUGGCGGGAUGCCAGCCGUUUCCUCUCCUGGCACGAAGGAGUCCUCAAUGUCUCAAACAGCCUUGCUCGCGCCCGGGGCUCAGGCCAACCGUUUCGCUGAACGAGGCACCUUUUGCCCCGAUCGACCAUGUCAAGAACUGAGCCAACACGCAAGCCCCCGUGGUCCCUCUUCCAAUGAAUGGGAGGCAUCACAGGCCGGGCGAUUCCACCGUUUUCUUCUCCGGCCCCAAGGAGCUGGGAAGCACACGGCCUUCCGCUCGUGAUCCUGGACUCUGGUUCGUCACACCGGUAGCGUGGUUCGGCCUUGACCACAACCAUGGAACUUGUCCUGAUGCCACAGAACAGUUUCAUGGACCCCGGGGGAUCACAAUAAGCAAGAGCCCGAGAGCUGACACCAAGGAACCAACCCCCAAAACUCCUUUACGGAGACGAUGGGAAUUCGGUCAACGCAGGAUGGUAUUGUCCAGUUCGCCAGAUACCCGUCGUUACGAAUACAGAUCUGUCUCCACGACUGCUUCUCUGCUUCUCCGGUGUCUCCGGCGUCUCCGCGCAAGCUGGAAUCGACAAGAACGCCAUUGGCUACCCGAAAAGCAGCGCCACGGCGCCCACGCCCCCAGUCAUCCCGACGAUACGGUUCUUUCACCCCGGAUUUCACGCAGCGCGGCGUCGCGCCAUCAGCCGCCAUCGCCUUGUCCUUCCCAGCUCCUCACCACCAGGGCGGAGCCCUCUCGCGCCCGGACACUGUCACCUCGUACAGAUGUACAAAGUGAUAGUCAGUGCUUUGUUCGCCUCCCCAUCGUGCUUCGCCUCGAUGGAUGCCCCAUUGUCAGCCACCACACCUCCUACUGUGUUCGUCGAUGACAGUUACUUGGGCAAGUCACAAUCGCCGUAAUAUCCCACAAUCACACUGUGCAAUCGUGCAUUAUCUCUCCCCCCCAU